UUGUGUACUUUUCAAAUAAUAAAUUAUUUGUUAACCGUUAUAUUUUUGUUCAGUUUUAGUUACUUUUAUCGCUAUCAUAACAGAUGUUCAUUUACUACAGAUCUCUUACAAAGCGCGAACGAUAAAUCCAAAGAUGUUAGACUCAUUUAAUUGUGUUGAUUAUUCUCUAAAUAAAGCCUUUUAUAAAAUUGGUUCAAUUGUUGGUCUCCAUCCCAAAUAUUUUAUUAUAACACCUGUAAUAGUGACUUUUAUAUGUAUCAUAGGAUUUCGAUACAUACAUUAUGAAAUUGAUCCAGAAUAUCUUUUUUCUCCAAUCAAUGGACCAGGAAAACAUGAACGAGCUAUAGUUGAACAAUUUUUUCGAAUGAAUUAUACUAAAUACUUUAAUUUGGGACGUAUAACGCGACCAGGUCGGUUUGGACAUGUCAUAGUAAUUUCAAAAGACGAUAAUCAAAAUAUGCUACGUAAAGAAGUUUGGGAAGAGCUUAGAUUACUCGAUACAUACAUAAAAAACUUUACCGUCAAUUAUGAAAAUGAAAGUUUUAAUUUUUCACGAAUAUGUGCUCGUUGGUUAGAUUACUGUUACGACAAUGAUAUUUUGAAUCUUGAAGAGCUUUUGGACGAUUUUGAACAGGGUAAUUUAAAUCUUACGUUUCCGGUCAUGUUCAAUCCAAUCACUUGGGACGCACAUAUUUUUCCUGUUUAUUUUGGCGGGAGUGUAGUAAAUGAAGAUUUUAUGAUUCAAUCCACACCAUCUGUUCAAAUGGGAUAUUUUUUAAGAGCAGAUUCACCUGCAGAGAAUGAGUUAGGUGCUAUUUGGGAGGAAGGCUUUUUAGACGUGGUUGGUAAUCUUGAAAGUAAUGGUACAUUUGAACACAUCAGUGUAGCACGUUUUGCUUCACGAACCCUCGAGUUGGAGUUCGAAGCCAAUACGAAGACCAUCAUUCCUUACUUUACUAGCACGUUUUUGAUAAUGGUUAUUUUUUCUGUGCUCACGUGCACGAUGCUGGACUGUGUUCGAAGCAAACCUUGGAUUGGAUUUUUUGGAAAUGUAUCGGCUGGAAUGGCAACAGUUUCUGCCUUCGGUCUUUGCUGCUUCAUUGGAAUAGAUUUCAUAGGAAUUAAUUUAGCAGCUCCUUUUCUCAUGAUAGGAAUUGGCAUCGACGAUACUUUCGUCAUGCUAGCCGCCUGGAGACGAACAAAUAUUAAAGAUUCUGUACCAGUUAGAAUGUCCAAAAUGUUGAGUGAAGCAGCAGUCUCUAUUACCAUAACUUCACUCACUGAUAUGGUAUCAUUUUUCAUUGGUAUUCUAUCAGUUUUUCCGUCCGUCCAAAUAUUUUGUAUAUAUUCUGGUUUCGCUGUGAUCUUUACAUUUGUUUAUCAUCUAACAUUCUUUGCUGGCUGCGUUGCUUUAAGCGGCUAUUGCGAGCAAGAUAAUUUGCAUAGUUUAAUUUGUUAUCCAGUUCAACCCCUGUCAAAAUCGAGUCAAAGGUCUUGGUUUUACAGAUUAUUUUGUUCUGGAGGAGUCAAUAAUGAUGACCCAAAUAAUCCAAUAGAUAAUACUGAACAUGGAUGUAUGAAAUGGUUUAGGGACUAUUUAGGAGCAGCAUUAAACAAUAUGAAAAUAAAGUAUUUAGUCUUAAUUACGUUUGGUGUUUACUUGGUUGGUGCUAUAUACGGCCUCACAAACAUAAAUGAAGGACUCGAUCGUCGGAAAUUAUCGAAAAAGGAUUCGUAUUCAAUAGUAUUCUAUGACCGAGAAGAACAUUACUUUCGGGAAUACCCCUACAGAAUUCAAGUGAUGAUAAGUGGUCAAUACGAUUACAGUGAUCCAAGUAUUCAAAUAGAAGUAGAAAAUUUGACCAGACGCUUGGAAGCGUCAGAUUAUAUAAGCAACGUUUUGUACACAGAGAGUUGGCUUCGCAGUUUUUUGAGUUCAUCGUCGCUUUAUGAUGGGUCCAUGAACGAAACGGUGGAUAUAAAAAAAAGUUUUAUAAAGGAAUUACGCGAUGAAUGGUUACAUCCAACGAGUCCAUUUUCGCUAGAUCUAAAAUUCAACAAAGAUAACGAUGAAAUAAUAGCUAGCCGUUUUUUGAUCCAAGCGGUGAAUAUAAGCGGCACUAAUCAGGAAAAAGAGAUGGUGAAAGAAUUGAGACAGAUAUGUUCGGAAUCGUCGUUGAAUGCAAGUGUUUUUCAUCCAUAUUUUGUAUUCUUCGACCAAUUCGAGCUAAUUAGACCGACAAGUAUUCAGUGUUUAAUAUUUGGAGCACUGAUUAUGAUGGUCAUUACAUUCCUCUUUAUACCGAAUGUUUUAUGUUGCUUUUGGGUGGCAUUUUGUAUUAUAUCCAUCGAAUGCGGAGUCGCCGGUUACAUGGCAUUGUGGGACGUAAGCUUGGACAGUAUCUCGAUGAUAAAUCUUAUCAUGUGCAUCGGUUUCAGCGUCGAUUUCACCGCGCACAUUUGUUACGCUUACAUGAGCUCGGAAAAAAUACACGCAAACGAUCGCGUGAGGGAGUGUCUGUACAACCUGGGCUUGCCGAUCGUGCAGGGGGCAUUUUCCACUAUUCUGGGUCUGCUGGCAUUGGUUCUUGCCGACACGUACAUAUUUUUAGUCUUUUUCAAGAUGGUCUUUCUCGUCGUUUUGAUCGGUUCGAUGCAUGGAUUAUUUUUAUUACCCGUUUUACUCUCUCUGUUUGGACCGGUUUCCAGGGCAAAAGUUACGACGAAUGAUCCUAAAAAGGACGAUUCAAUUUUACCGGAAUUGAAUACAGUGUGCAAAGAAUGUUCCUCGAAAAAAAUCGAAGAUUCGACACAAAACUGUUAA